AUGGCCUCCCAGGAUCAGAAACUGAAGAUGACCACCCAGGAUCAGGAACUGAAGAUGACCUCCCAAGAUCAGAAACUGAAGAUAACCUCCCAGAAUCAGGAACUGAAGAUGACCUCCCAAGGUCAGAAACUGAAGAUGACCUCCCAGAAUCAGGAACUGAAGAUGACAUCCCAGGACCAGGAACUGGAGAUGACUUCCCAGGAUCAGGAACUGAAGAUGACCUCCCAGGAUCAGGAACUGAAGAUGACCUCCCAGGAUCAAAAACUGAAGAUGACCUCCCGGGGUCAGAAUCUGAAAACGACCUCCCAGGAUCAGGAUUUGAAGACGACCCUUCAGGACCAGAAACAGAAGGUGACAUGUCAGAACCAGGAACUGAAGGUGACCUCUCAGGAUCAGGAACAGAGGAUUACCUCCCAGGAUCAGGAACUGGAGAUGACCUCUCAGAACCAGGAACAGAUGAUGGCCCCCCAGGAUCAGAAACUGAAGAUGACCACCCAGGAUAAGGAACUGAAGAUGACCUCCCAAGAUCAGAAACUGAAGAUGACCUCCCAGGAUCAGGAACUAAAGAUGACCUCCCAGGACCAGGAACUGGAGAUGACUUCCCAGGAUCAGGAACUGAAGAUACCCUCACAGGAUCAGGAACUGAAGAAGACCAUCUCUGAGGAUCAGGAUCUGAAGACAAACUCCCAGGAUCAGGAUUUGAAGACGACCUCUCACGACCAGAAACUGAGGGUGACAUCCCAGAACCAGGAACUUAAGAUAACCUCUCAGGAUUAG